CGAUUUUCAACGAAUCCUAUUGGCUAAAGAAACUCUGGUCUUGACUGUGACCCGAGUCGACGCACAGAGCAAACCGUCCCGCCAACGUUUUAGCUGCGUAGGAACGUACCGCGUUUGCAUGCUUCUCUGAUUUAAGAGACAUUCUUGAACAAAAACUAACUUGGAGUGUUAUUAACAACUUUCUACGCACCGGCAACAUCAAACGGAGUCACGAUUCACUUCUAAAGAUGAGACGGGCGCCGUUUUUUGUGUCGGUAAGUUAGCCGCUAGCACCUGGAAGCUAACUCAGCGUCGAAUGCUGGCGAUAUUAUGGAAGAGCUAUCGUCUAUCACAUCCAGUCGCACAGUCUGUUUUUGGCACAGACUAAAAUGGGAAACAUACAUUAAAGGACGCCAGGACUCGUUGCAUGUCACCAAAAUAAGCCAUGCAUCAAGCCCUGGACACACUCAGUGACAGCACCAGCUCCACCACGGCCAAUGACCUGGACCUCAUCUUCCUCAAAGGCAUCAUGGAGAGUCCAGUGGCUCAUGAGCGAUUCGAGGAGCCCAAAUUGGAGGCUGUGAGGGAGAACAACGUGGAGCUUGUCCAGGAUAUUCUCCAAGAACUGAUCCCAAUCACACAAAGAAGCCAGGUGGCUGAUGAGCUGGUCCGAAUCCUGAAGGAACCCCAUUUCCAGUCCCUCCUGGAGACCCAUGACUCUGUGGCAUCCAAAAACUAUGAGACCCCUCCUCCUAGCCCCUGUUCCUUUAUGGAUGCAGCUCUGAACAACCAGCCUGUUCCUCCAGACGCAGUGAGGAUGGUGGGGAUUCGUAAGGUGUCUGGAGAACAUCUUGGAGUAACAUUUCGAGUAGAGAGCGGUGAACUCGUGAUUGCCAGGAUUCUCCAUGGAGGCAUGAUCGACCAGCAAGGUCUCCUCCACGUGGGCGACAUCAUCAAGGAAGUCAACGGCAAAGAAGUGGGCAACGACCCCAAAGUGCUCCAGGAGAUGCUGAAGGAGGCGAGUGGCAGUGUGGUGCUGAAGAUACUGCCCAGCUACCAGGAGCCACACACACCCAGACAGGCCUUUGUACGGUGUCACUUUGACUAUGACCCCACUCAUGACAACCUGAUUCCCUGUAAAGAGGCAGGGCUGAGCUUCAACAGUGGAGACAUUCUGCAGAUUUUUAACCAAGAGGACCUCAACUGGUGGCAGGCCUGCCACAUAGAAGGAGGCAGUGCUGGUUUAAUUCCCAGCCAGCUCCUGGAGGAGAAGAGGAAAGCGUUUGUGAAGAGAGAUCUGGAGUUGGCUACCACAGGUCCUCUUUGUGCCGGUGUAGGUGGUAAGAAGAAAAAAAAGAUGAUGUAUUUGACCACCAAGAAUGCAGAAUUUGACAGGCACGAGUUGAGGAUUUAUGAAGAGGUUGCCAAGGUUCCACCCUUUAGAAGGAAGACUCUGGUUUUGAUUGGGGCACAGGGAGUUGGCCGUCGCAGCCUGAAGAACAAGCUGCUGGUGUCGGACAGUCAGCGUUACGGCACCACCAUCCCCUUCACCUCCAGAAAACCAAAGGUAGAUGAAAGAGAUGGACAGAUGUAUUCCUUUAUGACUCGCAGUGAAAUGGAGUGUGACAUUAAAAGUGGUCGUUUCCUGGAGCACGGAGAGUACGACGGGAACUUUUAUGGAACCAAGAUCAGCUCCAUUCAUGAGGUGAUAGAGACAGGAAAGAUCUGUAUCUUGGACGUCAACCCGCAGGCUAUCAAAGUUGUGAGGACUUCAGAGUUCCUGCCCUACGUCGUAUUCAUAGAAGCUCCAGACUUCGAGGUUCUCAAAGCCAUGAAUCGUUCAGCCAUCGAGUCAGGAGUGAUCACCAAACAGCUAACGGACUCUGAGCUCAAGAGAACAGUGGAUGAAAGCGAGCGCAUUAAGAGAGCCUAUGGACAUUACUUUGACCUCUGCAUCAUCAACGACAGCCUGGAGGCGGCAUUCAGGAGUCUACGUCUGUCGCUGGAUAAACUGUCGACAGAGCAGCAGUGGGUGCCUGUCAGUUGGGUCUUCUAAAAAUGUACUGAGAGCUCACCAGAAGGGUUGCCGGAGCUGCAGGUCAGAAGUUUCAGGACAAUGUUAUUUUCAUUUGCAGUGCUAGGUGCCCCCUCAGCAUCGGUCGUUGGUAGGGUUGUGCUUCUCCGUACAAAUGACCAGCCUCAUGUAGAGCAUUUUUGUAUAAAUGUUAGUUUUCCUCGGUUGGGCCUAAUGUUUGAGUUGUAUUUAAUUUGUCAAAAAAAAAAGAUCAAUAUUUAUUAUAAGGAGGAUUUAGAUUUGCGGUAUAGUGCAAUAGUGCGAGUGAGUCAGUGUGUGUUUGUACAGUACAUGACCAUUGAUGUCGUUAUAGACUUAGACCAGGUGUGGGCAAACUUUUUGACUCGCGGGCCUCAAUGGAUCCUAAAAUGUGAUGGGGGGGG